AGCCUCGCAACCUCCACCACUCCUGUCAAGUCAUUCAGUUGGUGUGGUUCCCGUGCCCUGUGUAGUGGCGUAUCUCCAGCCCGCCUUGCAUCCCGCCCCACUGUGACUUUUACCUCAGCACUGCGUGACUUGGAGUGCGUGACUUGGUUUGGUCUGCCUUGGUUUUGUCACGUUGCUGGAUGAAUAAGAGGCACCCCAUUGCGUCGCCCUCCCCUUGCCAUGGCCGCUGCUAACCCGGGCCUCUUCACGCUCCCGACUCUCACUAUCAACAACCUCUUCGGAGUCCCUAUUCUGACCAACAACAGCGGGACACCCACCAGAAGACUACUCCCCUAUGGCUCCGUGGCUGUGGUCUUUAUCUUGGAUGCUCUGUUCCAAGAAUAUGCGACUACAAGGACCUACGUAGAUGACCAGGCUUCCAUGUACCAAGCUGCCGAGGCGCGCCUAUCUGCCGCUCACGGGCUGGACGGGCGAGCGUGUGUGAAGAGGUUUAUCUGCGAGCUGAGGAAACACCCGAUUCAUGAGUGGACAGUUAUCGGCCAGCUGGUGACGCUCCUCUUCACGCCGCGGGAGGACGGACGCGGAAAGCUGAAAGAGUACAUGGAGGCGCAGGAGGUGGGGGACGAGGAUCACCCGGACUCCUGCUACGACUUCUACAGCCUGCAUUGCCCCGUCAGCGUGUUCAACUACUUCAGGAGUCUUGAGGAGGAAGAAGAGGAGGAAGAUUUGGAGGAGAAAGAAGGGGAGAAGGAAGAGGAAGAAGUGGAGGAGGAGGAGGAGGAAGAGGAGGAGGAGGAGGCCAGUCAUCGUAAACAUAUUCAUCACUACGAUCACUUCCAUCACUACCAUCACCAUCACCACCAUCACCAGCACGACUAUGAUAACAAGUAG